CCAGGCUGUAUCACAUCCGGCGGUGAUUUUUGAGUGCCAGAGGUGCGGCGCACAAUUAGCCCAGCUUCGUCCGGGUUUGGCCGUCGUUGUAAAUAACAAUUUGUUCUUAACGAACUUACCUAGUUAAGUAAAGGUUAAAUAAAACAAAACAUUUAAAACAAUACUCUGGUGUCUGAAGUCAGGAACUUGAGAGAAACACAGCGGGGACGGUUUGGUUUCCACUAGUUACCACAACUACAAAGUGCAAAAUAAAAAAAAUCGUCAAUGUAUAUUAACAAAAAAAUAGCUUUUGGUCUUAAUUGAUGGUUAGAGUUAAGCAUAAGGUUAACAUUGUGCUUAUGGUGAGGUUUAAAAUCCAAUUUUAAGAAGCUACAUUUAAGAAAAGGGCGGAGUUUAUAACUCUGUGGCUGUGGUAACUGGUGACGACCGACUACUGAGACAACAACAACACAAGUCUGACUUUUACAUCGGAUUCAACCUAUUCUGACAGGCCAAAGCCAACAACAUCAGCGAAUGUGUGCUUUCAUUCUCAUGCUGAUUGAUAGAUGACACGCGUCGAAUAGUAGGUGCUACAGCCUGACUACCCAUACUGCCCUAGUCCCCAGUGUCAGCCUGACUACCCAUACUGCCCUAGUCCCCAGUGUCAGCCUGACUACCCAUACUGCCCUGGUCCCCAGUGUCAGCCUGACUACCCAUACUGCCCUGGUCCCCAGUGUCAGCCUGACUACCCAUACUGCCCUGGUCCCCAGUGUCAGCCUGACUACCCAUACUGCCCUAGUCCCCAGUGUCAGCCUGACUACCCAUACUGCCCUAGUCCCCAGUGUCAGCCUGACUACCCAUACUGCCCUAGUCCCCAGUGUCAGCCUGACUACCCAUACUGCCCUGGUCCCCAGUGUCAGCCUGACUACCCAUACUGCCCUAGUCCCCAGUGUCAGCCUGACUACCCAUAUUGCCCUGGUCCCCAGUGUCAGCCUGACUACCCAUACUGUCCUGGUCCCCAGUGUCGCCUGAGUCUUUCCCCCACACUAUGGACCUCAACCUUGGGUAGAGCAGUCCUACACACCCCUGGAGAAACAUUCCACCCUCUCUCCUUUCCUCCCUCUUCCCCCUCCCCUCCCCUGUCUCUCCUUCUCUCCUCCUGUCCCUCUCCAUCCCUCUCUCCUCCAUCCCUCUCUCCUCUCUUGUCUCCCUCUUCCCCCUGUGUGUGAUGAUGGCUGAUGGUACAGAGUCUCUACAGGCCAGUGUAAACUCCUACUGGGCAGCUUCUCCCAUCCACGCCUCCGCUAUGUCUGACGAGGAGACCGAGGGACAGGACACUGAUGAGAUAGACAGGGCCCCUCUCCUGCCCAAGCAGCACCAUGCAGGACCCCCGGGGGCCACCGGGCGGCCCCUAGCCUCCCGCCACUGUCCAGAAGACUCCUACUGUAUGGUGUACAUGAUCUUCUUCCUGUUGGGCAUCGGCUCCCUGCUCCCCUGGAACUUCUUCAUUACAGCUAAACACUACUGGACCUACAAGCUGAGCAAUAAUACUGACGGGCACGGAGAGGAGCCGCGCUCAGACCUUAGUGAUUACUUUGAGAGCUAUCUGGCCAUCGCCUCUACAGUGCCUUCGGUCCUCUGUCUGGUCCUCAACUACCUACUAGUUAACAGGUUGUCCCCAGUGGUGCGUAUCCUGUCGUCUCUGCUCAUCAUCUUGGCUGUGUUCAUAGUGACCACGGUCAUGGUCAAGGUGGAUUCCUCUGGUUGUAGAGAGCAGUUCUUCUUUGGGACUUUAGCCAGUGUUGCUAUGGUCAGUGGGGCGUCCAACCUCUUCUCUGGCUCUGUGUUCGGGAUCAGUGGGCAUUUUCCCAUGAGGAUAUCACAGGCACUCAUAUCAGGCCAGGCUAUGGGUGGUACUAUCAGUGCAGUAGCCUCCAUAGUGGACUUGGCAGCAGCUAAAGAUGUGACUGACAGCGCUCUAGCUUACUUCCUGACGGCUGAUGUCUUCAUCCUUUUCUGUAUCCUCAUGUACCUGCUGCUGCCUAAGCUGGAUUACUCACGGCACUACAUGCUGGCAGCAGAGUACAACAAGUCAGGGUCUAUACCAGAGCCCCGCGGUGAGGCGGACGGCCCGGAGGGGACACCAGCGAGCACGGUCUCCUCCGUGUCCGUCCCUCCUCUAAAACCCAUCCUUCAGAAGACAUGGCUCCUGGGUCUCUGUGUCUUCUACGUCUUCUUCAUCUCUAUAAUGGUGUUCCCUGCCGUCUCCUCUGGCAUCCAGUCUGUUAACCAGAAGAGUGGCAGCCCCUGGACAACAACAUACUUCACCCCCAUCACCAGCUUCUUCCUCUACAACGUGGCUGACUUCUGUGGUCGCCAGGCCACGGCCUGGCUGCAGGUCCCAGGCCCCACCAGUAGAGUCCUCCCCGCCCUGGUCCUCUCCCGGACAGUCCUGGUGCCUCUCCUCAUGUUCUGCAACUACCAGCCCAGAGACCACCUUCACACAGUCCUCUUCAGCCACGACCUCUUCCCUGUCUUCUUCAUCUGUCUCCUGGGCAUCACCAACGGGUACCUGGGCACCUUGCCCAUGAUCUACGGACCCAAGGUGGUGCCACGGGACCUGGCAGAGCCCGCAGGCGUGGUCAUGAGCUUCUUCCUGACGUUGGGACUGGCUGUGGGAUCGGCCUUCUCUGUGUUGAUAGUACACUUCAUCUGAAGAGGAGGAGGAGACGGGAGGAGGAAGAGACGGGGGAGGAGGAGGAGACGGGGGGAGGAGGAGACAGGAGGAGGAGACAGGAGGAGAUGGGAGGAGGAGGAGACGGGAGGAGGAGGAGACGGGAGGAGGAGGAGACAGGAGGAAAAAGAUGGCAAAUCCAGACUGACUUCUCCAACGUACUUGGUCUCAAUGCAGAAUCCAACAUUUGUCCACAAACGUCAAAUUGCCAAGGUUAAGUUUAGGCAUUUACUCUGAAUGGUUAAAGUUUGGGAUUGAACUCAUGACCCUCGGUGCCGAAGCUCACGGCAUACGCCCAUCCGCCAUCCCAGUCCACAACGGCCUACUUGACGGUUGUUCCACAACGCCUUACACUCACCGUUGUUCCUACUGUUCCUAUUUUGAAGUCAUCUCCCGACGUCCUGCUUACCUUGGACGGACGUCGAAUUUCACAGUGGAUGUUGGGCGACCUGGCUGGACUUCUCUGCCCUCAUAGUCCACUGUAUCUGAGGAGGAGUAAGGCCUAGAUUCAAUCAGAUAAAGCGAUAGCCGACACCCACGUAAAUGUAUGGAUUUGUUUAAUGAUUUGACUAAAGGCAUUACACAGUUGGUUCAGUUCUCUCCAUGUAUUAUAACAAGUCAUCUACAUUUCCUGUUUUGAUAGUUUCGUAAUAAAUGGUUGUAGUAA